AAGUAGAGGCUCCUCAGUCCUCACAAUUACACUUGUGCGCGAACGUCCCAGAAGGCUGCGGCGGAGGCGGAGGCGGAGGCGCGGGGGGCUGAUGGACAAUCCCUCUUCUCCUCGGCCUCGUCGGAAACACGAGGAGGGGGAGGAGAGCGACCGGCCGAGGUUCUUCGACGCCAAGGCCAAGGCUAUGUGCUGGAAUAAUGCGGAUGUGGUGUCUGGCCGCCACCCCGAUCGGUGGCGCAAGGACUCCGCUGGCAACGUUGUCUGCAAGCGCUUCUGCAACUGCCAUGGAUGCCUCUGCUACGAGUUCGACCACAUUAUUCCCUUCUCCAAAGGUGGAGAAUCAACUGCUACGAAUUGCCAAAUUCUGCAAACGAGGGUCAAUAGAAUGAAAUCAAAUAAGCAGUGGAUCGACAAAGCAGAACUAGAGGGUUUCUCGUGCGACAUCAAGUUCACUGAUAAGGAGCUUGAUAUCAUUGAGAUGGCUGUGUACGGGGAUGUUAUUCGACCAGGGAAUCAAUGUCGUUGCAGGACUGUUGCAGAAAUGAUGGGGAUAGUGAAAUCUAAAAACCCCAUGGCAGCAUGUGAACUACCAUACAAGCAAAAUCAGGGACCAAAUGACCCUGCCUGAUUAAUCCAACUCCACCUCUUGCUUCUCUAAACUUAUUAUUCCAUUUCAUUUCGCAUUUCAUAAACGUGAGUUAUUAAGGCUAAUUGUUUGGAAGGGUUUGGCUAUUGACUUUUGAGCUUUAUCAUUUUUGCGACUAUAA